AUGGCUCUUCUCCGUCAAGGGUCUUUAUGGACGGUGUUCCUCCUGGUUGCCUCGGCUCUCGCCCAUGGCGACCAUGAUGCUGUUCCCGAGGGCGAAUCCAUCUCCCAGGAUCCUAUCGACGCAACGUUAUGGACUCAUAUAAUCCUCAUGGGUUUCGCUUUUGGUAUAAUUUUUCCAACGGGAAUGGUUCUCGGAAUCGUUCGCUCCCGCUGGCAUGUCCCCGUCCAGGUCGUCGGUACUAUCAUCGCCGUGCUUGCCUAUUUCCUCGGUCACGCCCACAAAGGUCGUCAAUUCGACAAGAACCUACACGCUUCCUUCGCAAACUGGUUGAUGCUCAUGCUGAUCGCGCAAAUCGUGCUGGGCGCAUAUCUCAAGCUCCAUCUGGUGAAGGCAGGCCAGGGUCGUAUCCGAUGGAUCUUCGUGAUGGCUCACGGCGUUAUCGGCAAGAUCAUGCCCGUUGUCAGCUGGGCGCAGAUGGUGUUUGGCGGCAUUGCUUCGCUCGGCUUCUGUCGCGAUGAUCACCUCGGACAAUGUCUGGCGCAUUUCAUCAUGGGCUCCGCCUUCAUCGGGUAUGGUAUUUGUCUGACUAUUCUUUUGCUGGUGGGCCAGCACUGGUUGCGUCGUACUGGACGCAGUCAGGAGUUCUUCGAUUCGCUCGUCAUUGCCGCUUGGGGCUGUGUCAAUACUUUCACUGAGCACCGCUGGGGUGGCCCAUGGGUUCACAAUGACCUGCAGCACACCACUAUGGGCAUUGUCUGGUGGUGUGCGGGUCUUCUGGGUAUGUGGCUCAGCCGCAGCCGAAGCGGCCGUCCCAGGCGCAACCUUAUUCCUGCUAUUGUCAUUUUGAUGACUGGCUAUGCUAUGUCGUCGCACACGCAGCACUUGAUGAUCAGCACUAUGGUCCACAGCGUUUUCGGAUAUACUCUGAUGGCUGCUGGUCUGGCGCGCAUCAUCGAAAUCUCAUUCGUAUUGAGGGAUAAACCCGCUCUUUCCGAGCCGAACAGCUUCCAAUUUAUGACUCCCUAUUUGCUCUGUGCGUCUGGCUUCCUCUUUAUGGGAGCCACCGAGGAACAGAUGGUCAUGCUGAACAAUGCAGGCAUUAUGCACGUAUCCUACGUGUUGAUCCUUUACAGUGUCACCUUCAUCCUUUUCCUCUUUGUCAACAUUCUCCUCCACAUCUAUGCUGUUCACGCCUGGCCCAACUCCGAGUCCACUGAUCAGGAUGGCCCCACCUACUCUACUCUCAAUACGAGUGCCAAUGGCCGCCCGCGCUCGAACUCGGAGCAAAUCCAAGAUGCCGAGGCAUUUGAGCUCCAUGGGCUGAUUUCCGACGAUGAGGAAGGCCCCUCCAUGGGACCGCGGAAAGACAGUGAUGAAGAACUUGGAAAAGACGAGAGUCGUCACUGA